AUGCGACAGCUUUUGCUGAUCUGUGCGCUGGCCUGUGCCGUCGGCGGUGUGCUUAGUGCUUCGUUGACGCGCGUCGGCCGCGAGGAGGAGGUGGCCGGCGAACAGGUCGCACCGGUGGCGGUGGCCGGCGAGGAGGUGUCGGUGGUGGAGCCAGCAGCGCUGAAGCGUGCCGAGAUCCCGGUGGCGGUCGAGGAGGCCGCCCCGGUCGCGGCGGAGAAGACGGUUGAGCCGGUGGAAAGCCAGAGCAUUGCGGAACCGGUGGCGGAAGUAGCGGAACCGGUGGCGCUGGUCGCCGAAGCCGUCGCCGAUGCCGUCGUGCCGGAGGGCGCCGUUGUGCAGGCGGUCGAGGAGGUCGUCGCUGCCGAACCGAAACUGGCCGAGGAGGGUGUUGCUGCCUUCGUCGAGCAGGAACCGGCCGCCAUCGAGUCGCUGCGCAGUGUGGAACCCGCAGCGGAGGUUGCCGAGCCCGUCGUUGCCAUCGUGGAGGACGUUGUCGCCCCGGUGGAAGAGGCCGUGCAGGUGGUCGAACCGGUGGAGUCGCUGCGCAGUGUGGCCCCAGUUGCGGAGAUUGUUGAGCCGGUGGCCGUCGUUGUUGCCGAGGAGCCGGAGAAGAAGCCGGAAGCCGCUGUCGUACCAGCCGUGAAAACCGUCGCCGAAGUGAUCCUGGACAAGGCCGAAGAGAAGGUCGCCGAAGAGGUUGUGGCUGCCAAGGACACCGAAGUAGCACCGGUGGAAUCGCUGAAGUCGGUCGAGCCCGCGGUUGAGGUGUCCGAGCCGGUUGCCGUCGUUGUUGAAGGAGCGGUCGUUGAGAAGACGGAGGAACAGGUUGUGCCCCAGGUUAAGUCCGUACUGCCAGUCGCCACCGUGGCCGAACCGAGCGAAGUCGUGCCGCAGGUUGUGGCCGUUGUCGAGGAGAAGCCGGCCGUUGUCGAACAGGAAGUUGCCCCGGUUGAGUCGCUGCGUUCGGUUGCCGUGCCGGAAGUUGCCGCUGUCGAGCCGGUCGAGAAGGUGGUUGAGGUUGUAGCGGCAGCACCAGUGGAGGAGAAGGUUGUGGCCCCGGUUGAAUCGCUCCGUUCCGUUGCACCGGUUGUUCCUGUGGAAGAGCCCGUCGCUGCAGCCGUUGACACCGAGCAGAAGGUCGUGGAAGCCGUCGAGGAAAAGGUGGUGGCCCCGGUGGAGUCGCUGCGUCAAUCUGCCCCGGUAGAAGCCGUCAACGAGCCAGCCGUCGUGGUUGUCGAGCAGGAGAAGAAGGACGAAGUUGCCGUCGUCGAGAAGGAAUCCGUUGUCGCCCCGGCCGUGAAGAGCGUCGUUGUACCGGAAGUCGUCGAGAACGUGGAAAAGCAGGAAGCUCCAGUUGCGGUCGAAGAACCAGCGGGCGUCGUUAAGUCGGUACCGAUUGCUGAGGAUCUCGUCCCGGUGAAGGAGGUCGAGGCUGAACCGCACCAGGCACUGCGUGGCAACGAGGUACGUCAGGAGGCGGGCAGCUCCACCACUCGGCCCAAUCUGCUCCAGCAGAUCAUCCAGCCGGUGAACAACUUCAUCCAGGCGACACCGCUCGGACAGGUGCUGAACCGCCCAUCGAACACACCGGCUGCCGCUGUUCCGGCCGCCGCCGAGAACGCCGAAGUCGCGCAGGACGAGUCGGCACCGGCCGGCACUACCAGCGCUCCCAACCUAGUCCAGCAGCUCGCCCAGAACGUGCAGAACUUCUUCAACCCGAACGCGGCGAACGCUAACGCUGAAGCCGAAUCGACCACCCGCCCCAACAUCAUCCAGCAGGUGCAGAACGCCGUCGGAUCCGUGUUCAACCGGCCGGCCACCAACUCGGAACAGCAGCAACCGCAACAGCCCAACCCCAUCCAGAACAUCGUGCAGGGCGUGCAGAACUUCUUCCGACCAAGCACGGUAGCACCGGCCAGCCAGGCCGAGGGUACGGCCAAUGCUCCCGCUGACACGCCCCAGGUGGCAGCGGCCGCCUAA